GGGAGUUGGGUAUACUUAUCACUUCAAAUGAAAUAAAAAGGAAAAUAAUAUUAGUCUUGAUGCAGACCUUAUUCGCUGCGCGACAAAACUUUUUGAGUAAGGGUUAUGCCAUUCUUCAUAAUAUUAUUCCACCAAAGGUAGUCGAAAAACUUCGAGAUGAAACUCUGGCCGCAACACGGGCUCGACCCGCUGUAUUCAAGGAAGUGCCGUCAUUGGAGAACAUCUUCCAGGUUCAUUCACAACGCUCCAGCAUCGUAGUAGAUUCACAAUUGAAGCUCCAGCUUAAAAAGCGUAAUUUCGUUCUUCAAUAUUAUAAGCAAGCUAUGAAAAACAAGAGAGAGAUGAAAAAGAUUGCUCAGAAAUACUCUAAGAGUCAAGAUAUGACUUUGUUAUCCGGUGAUGAGCUUUGGGAACUUAGUAAACUUAUUGCGCAAGAGGCGGCGCGCCCAUCUAGCUCAAAACAUUGCACAAGUACCAUAGAGAACGACCCCCAAAUGUUGGCUGCUAUCGAUGAAUACCGUGCGAAUGCCUGGAUGACAAACCCAGCUUUGGGAAAGAUACUUCAGUCUGAUGUAAAUCUUAAAGCGUCACUUGCAAGGUUGUCCGAAUUUGUCGGGGCUGUAGAGAAUCCCGUCAUAUUUGGGGACACCCCAUUGCUUCGGGAGGCCUUUGGAAAUCCGAUUGGUUAUCACAUUACAGCACCAUCAAUAGGAGUGCGAACAAACAGCCGUGACACCCUCAACGCCGUAACACUUGUCCUCUUCACAUUUUCCCCUAGCUCGAGUAAGUUACCUCUGUUUGUGAUGGAAAAUUCACAUCGCUGUAUUGUGAACCAGUAUAUUCAUGAUGUCACCCCUUGUCAUUUGUUUUCACCCUUUUCACCAGCAGAAUCGCAUGUUGCUUAUCAGUUAAAGCAAUUUUCUUUGAAUUCAAAUGUGAUAGGAAAGAUUGUGGAUGAUAUGGAUGCCAUUCGCGCGGGGUCUGUCAUGGUUGUAGACCCGCAUCUAUUGUUUGGGUUUGGACCAAACUUGAGCUGGGAAGGUGAAGUGGUAUAUAAGUUGAAUAUUGUCAACAAGGAGGCUGUGCCAUAUCUGGAGGCUCCCUCGUGGAUACAUGGUUGGCGGUCGUUUCCACAAGACAUCAAUUUUAACUCCCCAAUUGUUUUCCCUCCUUUAUAUCAGUGAUGGGUAAUAAAUAUUUCCGCACAUAUAUUCGCCAAAAUAUGGAAUAUAUAUAUUUGUGCACGUAUCUGUAAUUUCAUUAUCUUGCGAUUAACUUCUUCCUUGUGUUUGUUUGUGCUUCGAUUGGAUAAUAUAACAAGCCGAAAGUUGAGAUCUCUUUCUCCUCCUUUUUCCCUUUGUGUUCACUAAUCAGAAAUUAUUUUGAUCAUAAUGUAUAAAAGAGAUGGGAUACAAUCUUUUUGUUAGAGUAUUCUUUUUUUGCUCUUAAUAAUGCCACUGAUUCUGUGUAUACUGAUAUAUUCUCAGAAA